UAACGAACGAAAAAUAAUAAUAUUAUUAUUUACUAUAAUAAUUUAUAGCUGAUAUUAGAUAGUUUAGGACUUUGCUAAAUUUUUUCAAGUUUGCUAGUGCUACAAAAGUUCAAAAUUAUUGUUUACUCUAUCUAAACUACAUCGUAUUUAAAUACAAUAUCAUUAUUGUAAGAUUUACGGAAGUCGACCGUCCUUAGCGACUGUUCUGAUUGACGAUGUCCUUGCGUACAACGACGUAGUAUCACGGGAAGAAAUUUUCGUGUAACCGUUUUCGAUCGAACACAAAUCAUGUCAUUUCAAGAUCCAACGUUCGUCGGCGACACUCCAGAGUUCCAGAACAAACGUACUAACCUGUUCGCCGUACUUGAUCAAGCAGAGAAGGAUUUGGAAUCAAAAAUUAAAAAAGCCUCGACAGCUGACGCACAUGAAAUACUCAAUGGUCGUGUAGAACGCAGGACUGGUCGUUCACUCACCAAACAGUUCCGAGGCAAAGAUAGUCUGUUUGUCAAGCCCGAAAUACCACCGUGGCGCAUAAUUGAAAAGCACAGGCCGCCAGAUUUCAAAUUGCAUCCACACAAAUGGACUAAAUAUUCAUUGGCUGAUGUGAACGAGAUGAAUGACAAGAGCAAUGCAGCUGCUGCAUUUGCAUUUCUUAAAGAAAUGCAAAGUAGAAAAUCUAAAGAUGAAGAAAAUGAUGAUGAAGAAGGAAAGAAAAUAGUGUUCAAGAGAACCCCGAAGUCCAACGAACCAGAAAUGAAACCGAGUUUUAAGAGUACUAAACUGGUUAUGCCAGAAUAUGAAUUUGGAAAAAAGGUACAGAAGAAAAAAAGUAAACCCAAACAUACAACAGAUGGAACUACUUCUAAUAAAGAAAUUAAACUUGGGCAUUUAAUGGAAGAUGAAAUUGAUGAAUGAUUUAUAUUUUGUGUAAACUGUAAAUACUAGUUAUAUGAUUAAUUUUAUGUUGUUAAAUUAAGUCUUAUUAAACUUAUUUUCAACUAAAGAAUUCAAUUUAAUAUUAUGCAAAUAAAUUAUUUAUUAAAAAUGUAAAAAUCCACUCAAGUGUAAGUAUAUAUAUUAUAUACUUACCUCUAUUUUAUUUUAAAUCAAUAAUAUAUUUUAUAACUACCAUAAAUCUGUCUAGGGAGUACUUAAUUAUUCAUUGAUUUAAUCUAAAAUAAUUCAAACAAAAAAUAUUUAGCUACUAGAUUUUUCCAACAAAACUUAAUUUCUUCAUAAAUUCAUUGGACCUUUAACAUAAUUAGAACAAUGUACCUACUCAUCAGUGGCGGUCAGACGGUGAUGAGGGGGAUACAUCCCCUACCCAUUACCUAUUUUCAAUGUUUAAGAUGUGAUAACCAUAACUUAUAUUUUUAAUAAUCAAAUUGUGCAUGUAAAAAAUCAGCCAUAUACUCCCCCCUCAAUAAAAUCAUUUGACAGCCACUGAUAAUCAUAACUUAAUAUGAAAAAUAAAAAAUAAAAAAAAAAAUUUUAAAAACACACUUUUCCAUAAAAACAUUUAAAAAAAAUUUUAAAAAUUGCACUAAAAAGACAAAAAUAAUUCUCUGUACUUAAAAAUAAUGAAAAAUUUAUUGAUGAAAAAUUUAAAAGUGUGUGGUGCUCAUACACUUGACAUAUAUUCCCAGUCACUAUCUUAUAAACAUGAUUGAACAAAGAAGUGUAUGUGAGACUUUCCUUGGCUUUUAAAUUUUUCAUCAGUAAAUUUUUCAUUAUUUUGCUCUUAUACUUGACAUAUACUGCCAGUCACUAUCUUAUAAACAGGAUUGAACAAAGAAGUGUAUGUGAGACUUAGCUCGGCUUUUAAUGUUUUGUAUGAUGCACCACACACUUUUAAAUUUUUCAUCAAUAAAUUUUUCAUUAUUUUUAAGUACAGAGAAUUAUUUUUGUCUUUUUAGUGCAAUUUUUAAAAUUUUUUUUAAAUGUUUUUAUGGAAAAGUGUGUUUUUAAAAUUUUUUUUUUUAUUUUUUAUUUUCUACUUUUUAGUUGAAAGUAAAUAUUUUUAUUAAACGUUUAAGAAAUAUGUUAUCCGGUGUUUUCGGUACCUAUAUCAGAAUACCGGUAUAAUGUUAUUUGGUAAUAAUUACCGUUGUUACCAUAGAUAUUAUAAUAAUGGAUAGGACACGCCUAUACUUGCUUCGUAAGAGGUUGCGGUUUUUUUUGGGGAAGAGAGAAAGUUCAAUAUCUGCGAGAGAUAUUACGGCGACGUCGUGGGGACAAUCCUUUUUUUUUUUUUUUGGUCCAUGUCCCAAAAUGACAACGGAUUAUUGUAUUGUCA